GUCAUUCUAAAUUAAUUACACCUUACCUUAAUCACGUAAUUAUUUCUCGUGAUUUUUUUAUAUGUCAACAAAUCCACGCUUUUGAAAACCACAACUUCCCCCACGACCGUUAUGGGUUGCUCCCCCUCGAAGCUCGACGGUUUACCGGCCGUCUCUCUAUGCCGUGACCGCUGCAACUCACUCGAAGAUACUCUCCGGCGAAGCUACGCCUUAGCCGACGCUCACUCAGCUUAUCUCCUCUCUCUAAACACCGUCGGUCCUGCUCUUCAUAGAUUCUUCCAACAAGCCGUCGAGUCUCCACCAAGUGUUGAAUCCGAAGUCGACCAAUCCCCGGAGACGUAUUCGCCGGAAUCCUGUUCCUCAGCUCACUCGGUUACCAGUUCAGAUUCCGAUUUGCCUCCCAAAUUCGACUCCGAUUGUGAGGAAGAUGAAGGUACGAAUUGCGAUCUCUUAAGCUGUCCAAAACCUGAAUCUCUAAAUCUUAAUCAUGACUCGUUCUACUCCCGGAGAUACGAAUCCGGCACCGGAACACCGCCUCCACCGCCGCCGGCUCCGAGUAAUUACGCUUGGGAUUUCAUCAAUUUCUUCGAGAGCUAUGAGCUUCCGUACACUACGAAUCCCAAGGAUUUCAAAGAUAGAGAGACCACUCGUUCUCAUGGAGAAGAUAAGUUGACGAAGAAGAAGAUUAAUGUGGGCCAAAACGACGAAAAGAUUAAAGUAGAAGAAGAGAAAAAAACUCUGAAAAUCUCUGAGAAAAAUAGGAAGAGUGCUCCUAAAGAAUCAAAGAAUCAGAAAGUUUCAUCAGAUUUCUCUGAAGUCACAAAGCAAUUGCAGGAGAUGUUCAAGAAAGCUUCAGAAUCAGGGAAUGAAGUUUCGAAGAUGUUCGAUACUUCAAGAUUCAGAUACUACCAGAAAAGCUCUGUUUAUCAAGAUUCUUCAAACAUUCUCUACGCGAAGAAGAUGAUGACUCCAUUGAAUCCCAAACCAGUGGAAGAUUUUGGAUUUAAUUUCAAUAAUCUUUCAUCUACUCUAAAGAAACUUUUCAUGUGGGAGAAGAAACUAUACCAAGAAGUAAAGGCUGAGGAGAAACUACGCACAUCUCAUAUGAAGAACUACAAACAACUGAGGAGAUUGGAAGCAAAAAGUGCAGAUCAAAGCAAAAUCGAAGAUAUUCGUUCUUCGAUUCAGUGUUUGUCUACAAGAAUGAGAGUCUCUAUCCAUAAGAUAAACAACAUUUGUCUGAUGAUAAACAAGUUUCGCGAUGAAGAGCUCUGGUCCCAGAUGAAAGAAUUGAUCCACAGGCUGUCUGUGAUGUGGAGCUCUAUGCUAGAAUGUCACAGUAGACAAUUCCGAGUAAUCGCAGAGGCUAAGAAGCUUGAUAAGAUGACAAUAAAGGAGAAUCUAGACUUAUAUCAGCUUGAGCUUGCCAUGGAAUUGAAACUGGAGUUGAGGAACUGGAGCCUAAGCUUGUCGAACUGGAUAGAUGCUCAGGCUCAGUAUGUUAAAGCUUUGAACAAUUGGCUAAUGCGAUGUUUGAGGCAGGAACCUCAAGAACCCACACCAGAUCUCUCAGAAGAGCCACCAUUGUUUGGUGCUAUUAACAGUUGGUCACAAACCCUUGAGAGAUCAGACGGAGAGAAGGAGUUUACAGAAGCGGUUUAUACGCUCUUGAUGCACGUAAACCAUCAGGUGGAGAAACAGAGGAUAGCAUUGGAAGAGCAGAGGAAUGCUAAUGGCGGCAUAAAGGAUAUAGAGAGGAAACUCGUGAUGUUAGAGAAGGAAGAGCAGAAGAUGCAGAGGAAGAUGAAGACGGUACCAUCUGUUGAAUUCACGGGGAGUUUAAAUCUGAAGUUUAACAUAGAAGAGAUUUUCAAAUCUAUGGAGAAAUUAGCUACAAACUCGAAGCAGACUUAUGAGGAACUUGACUUGAUGUGCACGUAAUGUACGGGUUUAUUUUAGUUCUCAUCAGUUCUGCUAUCUAUGUAUUCUCUGUGUUCUUUGAAGAGUUUUUGAAUUUGAUUAAAUUGAAAUUUUUGAU